CAAGUCUACUUACAAACUUUGCGGAGAAAAUCAAGAAAAAUGAAGACACUUUCAUCAUUGGUGAUUAUCUUUCUUCUCGUACUGAUUUUGCAAACUAACAUACUAGAGGGUGGGCAUGUCCCUUCCACUGAUCAAGAAACGGUAAAGAACAACCAGAACACUGAUCACAACAACACAACCACUGGAGUAGUAGUUCUCAGGGACAAGAAAAGAAGUUAUAGUGGAGGAAGCGGAAGCUAUAGAUGGGGAUGGGGUGGCGGUGGUGGCGGUGGGGGAGGAGGAGGUGGUGGUGGUGGCGGCGGUGGAGGAUGGGGAUGGGGAGGAGGAGGUGGUGGUGGAGGAUGGUACAAAUGGGGUUGUGGAGGAGAAGGAAGAAGAAAAGGAAGAGAAGGAAGAGGAGAGUUUGUGAAAAGAGAAUAUGCCGAGUGCAAAGGAAACGGUAAAUGUAAUGGAAAGAGAUUAGAAUGUCCUCAACACUGUGGAGGUUUUUGUUUCUAUGAUUGUCUCUUUCUCUGCAAACCACAUUGCCGUCGCUAGAGAGAUAUAUCCAUGCAUACUGUUUGGGUUUUACGAUACUUUUUUUGGUUUGUUUCUUUGUUUCUUUGGGUUCUUUUUUAUUUUUUUUUUGAACAUUUUCUUUGGGUUCUUCUACAAAUCUUUUGGAGCUUCCUGAGUGCUAAACACGAGAAAAUAGCUAUUGUAUUAGGAUCUUGA